GUUUGGAAUCUCGAUUUCAUUUUCACAAAAAUUGAAGAAGAGAUUUCCAAAAAUUUGUUGCAAGGGAGGGAAAGAUUUUGGAAUGCUACGGUGCCGGCGUGCCGCUGUUCACUGCCACUGCUCACAUCUCACGCACUGGCGGGAUGGAAAUCUAUUUGGUGACCCCAAUCAUGUGGAGCCAGCCUUAAAUAGUAGGAUUUGGUUGCUGUUGCUCACUGCUCAGGCAAAGAAGGAUAAAAUUUGUUGCCAGAAAAAGGAGUAGAUAAAGAUCAGGAAGCGAGCUUGAAUGUAGAAAAAUGGUGGAAAAGAAAGAUGAUGAUAAGGCGAAGAAGAUGAAAGUGUGAAACAAUGGAGGGGUACUCUUUUUAGUGGGUAGUAUGUUGACACGUGAUUGGUGUUGGUUUUUGGGCAAUACUAGCUGUUUUUUGGGCAAUGUUAGCUGCUAGGGGCACUCGCCUCCUGCACUCUCCAGCCAACACAUGCUUCUUUAUUAGGCCACCCAAGCUUAAUUAGCCAUGAAUUGAUGACCUCUCUGGAAACCAACAUGACGUGGCCCAAUGAAAAUGGAAGUAUUGG